UUUUGGUUAAUUAUAUCGAGACACUAAUAACAGUCGGCUUCCAGGGGGUCGCGCUGUUGAAGUACUUCCGGGUUGUACAUGGCGGCUCUGCAGUAAUCCGAAUAGGUAGAAUAACGUUAACGUUUCUGAAAAUGUUCCAUUUAAAUGUCUUACCGAGGUUUAGAUUUAUCUCAAGAAAUCAGCAGAUAUUAAAACACAUCCACCGAGGCAGCGUUUAUUUCCUGAGCAGCUCUCAGACAACAUCUUCUGCUCUGAACAAUAACCAUCAUUUACUGCAGUCAGUCCAGAGGACAUCCUUAACAUCCUUAACAUCCUUAAGAUCCCAGAGAAAUCAGAUUCGACCCUGCGCGUACGGACGAUGUUAUUCCUCACUGCCGGGCAGUACUGACGACGGAAUUCUGAUCUACACCGGCAAUCUGGGCAAGGCCGUGCUCGGCGUGAAGUUUUUCUCCUACUCCAGUAGCAUGUUCAGUUUGUGUGUGAUGCCCCUCGUCCUCAUGAAGACGGGCAUCGGCAUGAGCAGCUUUGCGAUGAAGGCGGCUUUCUGCGGUUUUAUCGGCUUCUUCACGUUCCUGACUCCGGUCCUCCUCCACCUCAUCACCAAAGGCUACGUGGUGCGCUUGUAUCACGACAAAGAGACGGACAUGUACACGGCUGUCACGUACAGCGCGCUGCUGGUGGAGAAGAAGACCACGUUUCACCAGAGCGACGUGAAAGUCCCAGACGUGAGCCGAAUGUUCACGAGUUUCUACGCCAAGAAGCAGUCGAUGCUCAUAAACCCGAUGCUGUUCGACAUGCCACACGACUACAAUCACCUCAUGGGCUACGAUCAGCCUUUCUCCUUCGACCCGGACGACAUCAGUAAUGAUAAAAAUUAGCCGUUGUCACUCAUUUUAAUUUAAAACAUAAUAAAAGUUUAUUAAGAAAGCACUUGACUUGUGAUGAAAUGAAGAAAAUGUAAGAUAAAUAAUGAUCUUGCAUUUUCUUGGAGUACAAAUUGCUUGGUAUAUCUUGUAAAACUUGGUAUAUAAAUUAUUCCUUGAUAGAAGGGAGUUUUGUCCUCCAUAACUGAUAAGAUUGCUGAGAAGGACAAUGAUCCUUCCAAAAUAUUGAUCUUUAGACGGCAAUUGUUUUUAUAACAACAUUGUAUUAAAUAAAAAUAGAUUGUAUGGCAUCUUCUUAAUGGAGUAGGAUCUUUCCUCAGACCUCAGAGGCUCACUAGUGUUAGCACUGAUUAUGAACAUGUACUCUGAAUUCCUCUCAGAACCCCCGUCAGGUUAGCUUAUGUUAGCCAAAAAGCUACCAGUGAAAACCAUAAACAAGUCCUCUAAAACAUCAUGUGAGAUUAGGUUAUGUUAGCUAGCUAGCAUAGCUGUGAAAGUUAAACACAUUUUUUUUUGUUGCAAAAACUCAUCUAAAAUCCUGUCAGCUUAGCUUAUGUUAGUUAGCUAACAAAUGUUAGCGUUGAGAAUUAUAAACACA